AUGCGAUAUUCCGUCUAUAAUAAUAUUACUUAUACAGCAACUCAUAAAAAUGCGAAAGCUUUCAACGGAAUCUACGCUAUAGCUCGCGCGCGUCCCCUCAUUACAAAUCGACCUUUUCACAGCGGGUCCAAAAAGGAAAAGCCGAGACCGUUUUUCACUCGACUGCGAGAUUCACUGAGAAAAACGGAAAUCAAAUGGUACCCAAUACCCGUGAGCCUUGGUGUUGCAUUACUUGUCGUGCAGCAAGCACGACACGCUUACAACCGACAACAAUUAGAAAGUGAUCCUCCGCAACCGGUUGUACGUGGGGCAUGGCAGGUACACGUAGCAAACGCUCUUCCGUUACGGGCGAUAUCACGUUUAUUGGGCCGACUAAACAAUGACUACGAUCUUCCCGUUUUCAUGAGAAAACCUGUCUAUAAGCUGUAUGCAUGGAUAUUUGGAUGUAAUAUGGACGAGGUUAAGGAUGAUUUAAAGAGUUAUCGUAAUCUUGGUGCUUUUUUCUAUCGAGAACUGAAACCUGGCGUACGAACUAUUGAUGAGAAGAGUAUCUUGGUGUCCCCAUCUGAUGGAAGAGUAUUAGCAUUCGGACACAUAAUAGAUGGUCGUAUAUCUCAAGUAAAGGGCUCGACAUAUUUACUUGACGCACUUAUCGGGAACAGUUCUUCUCCUACUAGUCCAUCAGAGGUUCUCUCAUCAUUUCCGCCGCCAAUAACAAUAACUGACGAGAAGGAAUUUGCUUCAUUAAAUGGAAUAACUUAUUCCUUGGAGGCUCUUAUUGGGGAAGAUAAGGAUAGCGCCAAGAAGCAUGUUGCCGAGAAAAAGAGUGAACUUGUACCCGCAAUAACGACGAAAUCUCCCAAGACGAAUGGUUUAUUCUUCUGUGUUCUUUACUUGGCGCCCGGAGAUUAUCAUCGGUUUCAUUCACCGAACAAUUGGGUUGUUGAAAAAAGAAGACACUUUGCUGGAGAAUUGUAUUCUGUUUCCCCAUACAUGGCAAGAAUUCUUCCCGACCUCUUUGUGUUAAAUGAACGCGUCGCAUUAUUAGGCCGUUGGCGAUAUGGAUUUUUCUCAAUGGUUGCAGUCGGCGCAACUAACGUUGGCUCAAUAAAAAUAAACUUUGACCCGGCAUUACGUACAAAUAGCAAGGAGGACGUAAAUAUCGGCACAUACGUUGAAGUAUCAUAUGAGAACGCAAGCAAACUUCUAAAAGGGUUACUGCUUAGAAAAGGUGACGAGAUAGGAGGGUUUUGUUUCGGCUCUACGAUAGUAUUAGUAUUUGAGGCACCACGGGAAUUCAAGUUUUGUGUCGAGAGUGGACAAAAGAUAAAUUAUGGCAUGGCUAUAGGAAGUGUAUAA